AUGCCCCCGAGUUGCGUUGUCCCAACUGGUAGUGAGAAUUGCCAGUGCGAAAUUCCAGUACCGCGGGUUUUCAACAACACCGAUGUGGUCGAGGCCAGGCCCCGGCUCGACGAGUGGCGCGGUGCAGGCUGUCUUACCCCAAGGAAUUUGGAAAUACCGAGAAUCAGGGCUAUAAUAGAGUCGGAGUGCCGGCCUACUUGUUUGGCCGACAACAGCUGUGAACUUUGCACAUUUAUUCCCGGAGACAGCAGCUUAAUUUAUGUCGAGCACGAACCAGCCGCCAACCCAUGGGAAAUGGGGGGAAAACCUCGCCUCAUAACCCCGGCAACACAAGCGCUUUCAAGAAUCGCCAUCAACGCCCUCUUACUCGUGAUCCAAGUCCCUGCGUCCAAGGAACCCUGCAAGCACAUCUUGAUCCGUCCGGCAGCCCCCCGACGCUUCCCCUCAUCCCUCAACACGUAA